AUGUCGGAGGCCUUCAGGGUCGCGCGCAUGGACCUCUUCUGGCGCAAGAUCGAGGCGGGGCCUCGCGGGGAGUACAACUGGACCCGUGUCGACGUGUUGGCGGACGCUUUCAGCGCGAAGGGCGUGCGACCGUUGUUCAUCCUCGACUACGGCAACCCCCUGUACGAGGGCUGCGAGGACCACCCUUUCACCAGGGAGUGCCGCGAGGCCUUCGUUCUGUACGCGAUCGCCGCACUGCGCCGCUACCGAGACCGUGGCAUCAUCUGGGAACUGUACAAUGAGCCGAACGGCUUCUGGGCGAGCUUUGGCAAGUUUCGUCACGAGUCAGUCGUCGGGUACGCCGACCUGCUGAACCGGCUCGGCAGGGCGAUCCGCGCGGACAAGGAGAUCGCGGGAGAGGUCUUGAUCGGCCCCGCCACCUCUGGAGUGGAUUUUGACUGGCUCGAGAGCGUUGGGGCCACGGGCGCCCUGCAGUGGCUGGACGGCAUCUCCGUGCACCCCUACAGGAAGGAGGGCCCCGAGCGCGUGUACGAGGAUUACCAGAAGUUGCGGUCGCUGGUGCGGAACAUGAUCCCUGCCGAGAAGGUCGAGCCCGCCCUCGUCAGCAGCGAGUGGGGUUGGGCUGCUUGCGGCGGCCACGUGCCGGUCAAGUGCCCGAGCCAGGGCGGAGGCGUCGGCGAGGUGGUGUCUCUCCGCACGCAGGCGAGCCGGUUGGUCAGGCAAUGGCUCGUCAACGACAUGAGCCGCAUCGCCCUCAGCAUCUGGUACAACUGGCAGAACGACGGCGACGACCCGAGAGAGGCGGAGAUGAAUUACGGCUCCAUCCUCGCCAGCAUCGACGAGGCAGAUGAGGCAAACGCCAGCGUCUCGUGGCCCCCAAGGCAGCGGAAGCUGGCUUUCUUCGCCGCCCGAACUGUUCAGAGGUUCGUGGCGCCGAGGCGCUUCGAGAGAGCGAUCGGUAAUGCAAUGGAGACCCAAGUAUACGCGCUUCACUACAAGCCCACUGCAGGCGGUCCGGACGGCGACGUGUUUGUGAUGUGGCAGGUCGCGGGGCAUCCCAGAGAGGUUGAGGUGCCUUUUGAGUUGGAGUCCUGCAUGGCAGUCCUAAGCAUCCUGUCCGACCACCUCUUGACAAUAUGCCCAGACGAGAGCACGAAAAUCACGGUCACCGUAGACCCGCAGUUUUUUGUCCCAUGCGACCAGUCCCCGUUUGGCUCUUGCGUGCCGAACGUUGCUUGA